AUGAAGACUGAUUUCAAGUUCUCUAAUCUUCUUGGAACUGUCUAUAGCAGGGGCAAUCUCCUGUUCAACCCAGAUGGUACUCAUCUCUACUCUCCGGUAGGGAACAGGGUGACUGUUUUCGACCUGGUCAAUAACAAAUCAUACACCCUCCCAUUUGCCCACAGAACGAAUAUCGCGAGGAUAGGCCUUACGCCACAGGGCAACCUCCUCCUCACAAUCGACGAGGAUGGGCAGGCCAUCUUAACCAACGUCAACCGUCGGAUCGGCGUAUACCACUUUUCCUUCAAGGCCGCUGUCACCGCUCUCUCGUUUUCCCCGUCCGGUCGCUACUUCGCCGUCGGUCUGGGCCGCAAGAUUGAGGUAUGGCAUGUGCCGUCCACGCCCGACACCAAUCCUGAAGGGGAGCUUGAGUUUGCGCCCUUCGUGAAAUACCACACACAUACCGGUCAUUACGACGACGUACGGCAUAUAGAAUGGUCGAGCGAUUCAAGGUUCUUUCUCACUGCGUCCAAGGACUUGACAGCAAGAAUAUGGAGCUUGACCGCCGAGGAGGGUUUCAUACCGACAGUCUUGUCAGGACACAGACAGGCCGUCGUUGGCGCGUACUUCUCGAAAGACCAGGAGGCAAUCUAUACCGUCAGCAAGGACGGUGCCGUUUUUGAGUGGAGAUAUGUCGGUCCCAAGCGCAAGGACGACGAGAUGGACGAGGAUGAGGAAGAAGACGAGACGAAGCUGCGCUGGCGAAUCGUGAACAAGCAUUACUUCAUGCAGAACAAUGCUCAUGUCAAAUGCGCCGCGUAUCAUGCCGACUCGAAUCUCCUCGUCGCCGGGUUCUCCAAUGGUAUCUUCGGCCUGUACGAGAUGCCCGAUUUCAACCAAAUCCACACUCUCAGCAUAUCACAAAACGACAUCGAUUUUGUCACGGUGAACAAGAGCGGUGAAUGGUUGGCAUUUGGUGCUUCGAAACUUGGCCAACUGCUCGUCUGGGAGUGGCAGUCGGAAUCAUACAUACUGAAGCAGCAGGGUCAUUUUGAUUCGAUGAACUCGCUGGUGUACUCACCCGACGGGCAGCGGAUCAUUACGACAGCCGACGAUGGCAAGAUCAAGGUCUGGGACAUCGAGUCGGGUUUCUGCAUCGUGACCUUUACGGAGCACACUAGCGGCGUCACAGCUUGCGAGUUCGCAAAAAAGGGCAACGUGCUUUUCACAUCAAGCUUGGACGGCUCAAUACGAGCGUGGGACCUGAUUAGGUAUCGAAAUUUUAGGACGUUCACGGCACCCACGAGGCUUUCAUGGUCAUGUAUGGCCGUGGACCCGAGCGGAGAAGUGGUUGCCGCAGGAUCCCUCGACUCCUUUGACAUUCACAUCUGGUCUGUGCAAACAGGUCAGCUCUUGGAUCAGCUGGCCGGUCACGAAGGACCUGUGUCGUCUCUCGCUUUUGCGCCAAACGGCAGCCUCCUGGUCAGCGGAAGCUGGGAUCGCACCGCAAGGGUAUGGUCCGUCUUCGACAGGACACAGACGAGUGAGCCUCUGCAAUUACAAGCAGAUGUUCUCGACAUCGCCGUGAGGCCCGAUUCAACACAACUGGCCAUCUCAACGCUGGAUGGACAAUUGACUUUCUGGUCCUUGUCAGAUGCGGAGCAGGUUGCCGGCCUAGACGGGCGGAGAGACGCCUCUGGGGGGCGCAAGAUUGGUGACAGGAGAACAGCAGCAAACGUCGCAGGAACCAAGAGCUACAACAGCAUCCGGUACAGCACGGACGGUAGCUGUUUACUUGCGGCCGGUAACAGCAAGUACGUCUGUCUGUACUCAGUGACAACGAUGGUUCUUCUGAAGAAGUUCACCGUUAGCGUCAACUUAUCGUUGUCAGGGACACAAGAAUUCCUCAACAGCAAGCGUCUUACUGAGGCUGGCCCGGAUGGUGAGCUUGACACGCAAGGAGAGGCUUCCGAUCGGGAAGAUCGUAUCGACAAGUCCCUCCCGGGCUCCAAGCGAGGAGAUCCAUCUGCAAGGAAAAAUCUGGCAGAAGUGCGCGUAUCGGGCGUGGCCUUCUCGCCCGCCGGCACUGCCUUCUGCGCUGCUUCAACUGAGGGUCUUCUGAUCUACAGCCUCGACAAUACUCUCCAGUUCGACCCCUUCGAUCUGAACAUCGAGAUUACCCCCGCGGCCACCCUGGCAGUGCUAGAAGACGAGAAGGAUUAUCUCAAGGCUCUGGUCAUGGCUUUCCGCCUCAACGAGGCCGGCCUGAUCAAGCGGGUCUUCCAGAAAGUGCCAUAUCAGGAUAUUCCCUUGGUCGUGGGGGAGAUGCCUGUCGUCUAUGUUCCAAGACUGCUCCGCUUCGUGGCUGCCCAGACAGAACAGUCACCACACAUCGAAUUCUGUCUUCUCUGGAUCAAGGCUCUCGUCGACAAGCACGGCGCCUGGCUGACGGCCAACAGGGGCAAGGUCGAUAUCGAGCUGCGCGUGGUGGCGAGGGCGAUCACGAGGAUGAGGGAUGAGAUUCGGAAGCUGGCUGAUGAGAAUGUGUACAUGGUAGACUACCUCCUUGGUCAGGCUGGGAACAAACCUAAUUUACAAAACGAAAAGUCACUCGGUUGGUCCUCUGCGGGAGACGAGGACGGCCAGAAGCUACUCGCUGCAGAAGGAGGUCUGGGCAUGGCAGAUCUUGUCCAGGAAGAGGAGUCUGAGGAAGAGUGGAUUGGUCUGUAGUGAAAGAUGAUGCAUAGACCGUCAAAAGCCCGCGCAAAUAUCAGAUAGAGGUCCUUGAUACCCUCCAAACUACACUUUGUUCC